ACUCCACGUCCAGACGAUGUUUUUGAUGCCAUAAUAAUAGACUCGACGUUUUCAAAAGGGCUGAAUUAAGAUUGCUGGAUAUUAACUUCUGUCUUCAGCUCUGUGUAAUAGUGACGGUAGGAUGUAUUGGAAUGUAUAGGACGACAGAAGUAACAAAGGACAAACUGAAGAGCACCAGCUUGUUUACAGAUAUAGAAACGCACUUCUCUCGUUAUUAAAUCACAGCCGAGCGGUUAAAAUGAAACCUCAGGACAUUAUCAAAGAAAAGGGCAACCUGUGGAUAUUUGGGUAUGGCUCCUUAGUGUGGAAACCUGAUUUUGCGUACAGGAAGAGCAAAGUUGGCUUCAUUAAAGGAUACAAAAGGCGCUUCUGGCAAGGAGAUGAUUUUUAUCGAGGGGACAAGGAAAAGCCAGGCAGAGUGGCCACACUUGUGGAGGAUAAGGAGGCUUGCACAUGGGGCGUGGCCUACGAGGUGGCUGACUCCCAGAUAGAAGAGUCCCUUCAGUACCUCAACAUGAGAGAGACUGUGUUGGGGGGUUACAUAACAGAGGUGGUGGAGUUCAUCCCAAAGGAGAAGGGUCAGAGUGCUGUGCUGGCUCUUGUCUACAUCGCUACUUCAGACAAUCCCUCCUACCUCGGCCCAGCCACAGAAAUGGAGAUCGCCGCCCAGAUUGCCAUCUGCAGAGGGAACGCUGGCCAUAAUACUGAAUACUUGGUCCGCCUGGCAGACUUCAUGAGGCUGCACUGUCCUGAGGGACAGGAUGAGCACCUCUUCUCUAUUGAGGCGGCUGUUUUGAACAUUUUCCAUGACUGCGAAGGGAUCACACCCCCAAAGUCCCUGCUGAUUGGAGCUAUGUAAAAGACUACAUGAGGCACUCCACAACAUAAAAAUUCUACUUACUGUAAAGUAAAUACUAAUUUUUUUCUACUGGCUGUAAGGGGGAAUUAAGUCCUGUAACAUAUGUUUCAGGCUAUUUGGUGCAUCAAAGAAAAUUACCUGACCUGGUUUCGAAGAAUAUAUAUAUGUGGUGGCAUGUUCUGUGACUAACAACUCUGGGAGGUUAUGUUUCAACCCUAAAGCUAUCACCUUUUGACCUUCUGACUUGACAGUUUUUGACUGCAAAGACAUAAAAAUGUAUACUAAACAAACUCCAGAAGGAGCUGGUGCUUUUGAAACAUCACACUGAGAGAUGUCGUCUCUUUUUUAAUUCAUAAUGUAACUUUAAUUGUAAAAGGCUCUCUUAAUCAAUGUAAUGUGCUUUUUUUUUUUUUAAAUUUUACUGUAAUAAAAACACUAAAAU